AGGAGGAAGUCAGAGUAAUGAAGGGCCAGACUCUUCCUCUUCUCCUCUGCCGUGUAACGCCUCAUUCCACCCACUCUCUCCAUCGCUGAUCGCCUCUGGUGAAAAAGCUCCACUUUCCUCGCCCUGUCCAUCACCAGAGCUUUCCAAAUUUGACCUGCCGUGUUCAGAAAUAGAGACACCGCCAGAUCAAAUUCAGCCUCCACCUGCUUCAGUGUCUGAAUCAGGAUUAGAGCAUCUUCCCUCUCGUUCUUCCUCACCCGAUUUACAGAAUGUAACUUACUCCCAGUCUCCAGCUCUCCCCUCUCUGACAUUCAUCUCUCUCGCGGCUACUUCCUCCCCCACUCAUGCUGCCUUGUUGCUUCAAGGAUCAGAGGACGAUGAGACUGAAGUAAAUGAUGCACUGUGGCCUUAUCUUGCUACUUCUUUUCAUAACUCUGAAGACAUAGCGUGUUCUAUUUCAUCAAGUGACCCUCUGCCUCUGUCUCCUCCUUCAAAUCUGGACUGUCCAUUUUCUGGACACUCUGACUCUUUGAGGAGCCCAAAAAAGACUGAGGUGGUUUUGGUAUCUGGUAUCUUGUCGUCAACUGAACAUCCCUCUCCAACCUGUUUAUCACUCUCUGCUCCUCUGGAUUUUCAGUGUCCACCCUCUUUUAUCUCCUUCCUUUUAACUGAGUCCUUCACACAGGGUCCAGAAGACAAAUCAGAAGAAUCAGUUUUUUCAGACCCACGUGAAUCAGACCUUUCUGAAAAACCCAGAAACCCCUCCUUCCAGCAGGAGGAGCAUAUUCCUUCAGCUCCACUCCCUCCUGUUCUGGACUCCUUUAAGCUUGAGCAUGAUUUCCCCACUCUGCCUAGUCUUUCUCAUGAGACUUUCACUCCAGUUUCUCCACCUGCCGUGUCUUCAAAGUUACAACCAGAUCCAAAUCUGGUUCAUCUUGCUGCUGGAAUAAUUACAGACCCAACAGAGCAGUUCAUCUCCCAGCAGGGCCGGUCAUGUUCUCCUGAUGAUGACAACACAGACCUUAUUCCAACUUCUGUCCAAGAGGUUUCUCAUGAGAAGAUGGAUCAUCUGUCUAUGGACCUCGAUGACAACCUUCAGAAGGACACAAAUGGAGAUGCUGCAGUUUGUAUCUCAGAUGCAGAGAGUUCUGGAGGUCUGUCUGAAGGUUCUGGGUUCUUUUCCGAGCAAAUGUGUCACCAAACAGACAAAGAUCGAUUAGCUGAAACCAAACAGGAAGAAUUAAGAGAAGAUUGUCAAAUGGAAAUCAAUGACAUAGACGGUGAAUCACCCACAAGUUAUUUUGUUGUGAAUAAUCAUCCUGAGUUAGACUGCAGAGCUGACAUGGAACCAAGGGAUCUAACGGAGGGUGAGAACUUAGAUAUGGUGUUUGAAACCUCCGUGGAUGGUUUAGAGAGUGAAAAUGGAGAUAUAGAUGCAUUUUUUCAGCAGCUUGAUAGUGAAGGGCGAGUUUAUUGGGCAGAACCCAUCCAAGUUUCUAAUUCCUCCUAUGUGCUCGAAGAAUCUGGAAGUUUUGAAUCCUUAGAUGGAUCUCAAUGGAAUUCUUUGUCCUCCAGAGACUUGGCUGCUCUAGAGUCAGUUUCACUCCCAGUAACAACAACAACAACGGCCUCCUCAGAUCCACCGUCGUCACUGGUUCCACCUCCAGUCCAAUCCCACCCUGUCACCCCAGAUGCGAAGCUGUCAAGCCACUCAGUUUCCACUCAGAUGUCUUCAUCUAUAUCUUCUCAUAUUGUCCACAGAAAGGAUGUCCCUUAUGAGGCUGACUCAAAACACUCUCCUCUCCCUAGUGUUUUCCCUCUGGACACCUCCAGCCCCUACCGUGCUGUCCAGGCAUGGACGGACCUGCAAAUUCAGCGGAACAUCAAGAAAUUAUCUAAUCGAGCUCUUUCUGUCCCACAUGAAGCGGCCGCACCUGUGGGUGCUGCAGGAAAGACACACAGAUCCACACUGGUCUACUCCUCAUCACCUUCUUUCCCGCUGAUGUCCAACGACAGUCGGUCGCACGACCGUCUCCCUGCGAUGGCGAAAAAUUACCGGACUGUGUCCGUCUCAGUGGAUACAGGACUGGGGCCUGAUAAAGAGGAGGAGGUGUACAGGAGUGAAGGACGGGAGUUCCUCUGGGGGGGAAAUCGCUCAGUUACCGUGAACUGCUGCUGCUCCUGUGAGCACCAGUGCUGCUGCGCUCAGGAGAGCCACAGUGACCAACACACACUGGGAAACACUCCUUACUCUUUGGGCGACCUGGAGGAGAUGAUGCUGUCUCUGCAGCAGUACUGCUCCAUGCACAGCAACAUGGAGGAGCAGCUCUCUGAAAACCAGACCUCAAUUUACAGCGCACUGUCUGAUAUAGACCGGGAGACGAUUGAGGACCUUGAGGUGCUGAGGAGAGCAGUGAGACAGGAGGCUGGAGAGCUGGAGACACAGCUGAAUCAACUGGCACAUCACCAUGACGACAGCCUGAAAAUGAAGAUGCGCAGACUUCUGGAUGAGCAGUCCCUGCUGUGCACUCGGCUCAGAGUCUUCCAACCCGAUGCGGAGCCCAGGUCGUCACACUCCACUCCCAACAGGACAGUAGCCACUCAGUGCUGUUUGCCACCGUGGAUCGGUCCAGCUGACACGCACAGAGACCACGACUCCUCCUGGAGCAUGACCAACAUAGACUCACUCAGACAUUCUCCUCCUGGUUCAGCGAGCGUCUGCAAAGACCCCUUUAAGACUUAA